AUGACAGCUCCACGAGGCCGUCUCCAAGGCAAAAAUGCCAUCAUCACCGGUGCUGCUGGUGGCAUCGGCCUCGAAACAACAAUCCUGUUUGCUCGUGAAGGCGCCUCCGUGCUUAUGGCCGACAUCUCCGAGCCCGCCCUCGCCGCAGCCCUCAAAAAAGUGAAAUCUCUCGUCCCAGACUCCGCGCGCGUCGAAACCAUCAAAUGCGACGUCUCCAAGGAAUCCGACGUGCAAGCCAUGAUCGAGUCGCAGGACAGCUGGGGUGGUACGGACGUGAUAUUCAACAACGCGGGAAUCAUGCACGCCGACGAUGCCGAUGCAGUGGACACGCCGGACAAGAUCUGGGAUUUGACGCACAACAUUAAUGUGAAGGGUGUGUGGUAUGGUUGUAAACAUACGGUAUUGAGUCUGAGGCGCCACAAGAAGACGAAGGGCAGUAUUAUUAAUACAGCGAGCGUUGUGGCCCUGGUCGGUAGUGCGACACCGCAGCUUGCGUAUACCGCGAGCAAAGGUGCGGUGUUAGCGAUGACGAGGGAAUUGGCGAUUGUGCAUGCGAGAGAGGGGUUUAGGUUCAAUGCGCUCUGCCCUGCGCCAUUGAACACACCUCUUUUGCAAGAUUGGCUUGGUGAUGACCAGGCGAAACGCCAUCGUCGUGAAGUCCAUUUCCCUACGGGCCGGUUCGGAGAAGCCAUUGAGCAGGCGAAUGCUGUUGUCUUCCUUGCCAGUGAUGAGGCAAGCUUUGUCAAUGGCACUGACUUUGUGGUUGAUGGAGGAAUGACCAAGGCAGGUCUUCACUUACUCGAAUAUGAGACUCUAGCUAAUAUUUAA